ACCACCAUGUGCUCUUCCUUCAUUAAACAGUUUAUUAGUGUGUCUGAACCUGCAGAUCUCGAGUUACUGCUCUUCUGCAGUUCUGUCUCCAACCGGUGGGUCUUGCUUUGGCCCCCAGGGCAUUGAGGUAGAGGACAGAAAGGGUACUUGUGCUCAGCAACCAUUGCCCAGGCAAGCAGUGUAGUAGACAAAGAGACCAGAAACCACUCUUCACUUGGUUCUUCUGCUGAAGCCUUUAAUGCUUCCAACAAGAGCAGAGCCCAGAGCUGUGGGCUGAAAUACUUGUCCUUGGAGAUGUCCACAAACGUUCUCCCCACCGUGACCUGCCAUUUGUGCCUCUUUGGCCGGAUCCUGUGGAGCUCCUUUGGUGCUGUGUCACUAUGGGGUGGGUUUGCUGGGCUGGGGGAGCCCCUGUGGCACGUGUCACUCCUGUGGCACCGUGUCACAGGGCCCUUUGUGACCCGCCGUGAUAAGGGUGCUGGUGGCACAGCAACCACCUCACUGUGCCCGGAGGACACGACGGGACAGGACAGGAGCGAGAGGAGCUGCCAGGAGCCCCUGUGCAGACGCCUUGUGCCCUGUUGAUCCGUGUCUGCUGUCUACAGCGCUUUUCCUACACGUCUCCCAUCCCUGCAGCAGGAGCCCUUGAGGCCAGACAGCAGCGGGAUGACGUGGAGACCCCCAUUCACACCCAGGGUGGUCUGGCUGAAUGACGAUAGUGAGGAUGAGGACGAGGAGGAGAAGGAGGUUGAGGCUGCCCCAGCAUCGCAGCAUGAGGAGGUGCAGGAGCACCAGCUGCUGCAGGCAGGUCAGUGGUGGGCUGGGCCGCAGGGCGAGUGGCUGCAGCCGGCUGGGACCAUCCCCGUGGGCAUCCCCAAGGAAAGAGGGGACGAGGGGACAGGGCUGUUCCCCACGCUGGGCUCUGGCCAUGCUCCAUCCACGGGCACUCCCAGCCCCAUCCUGCGGCCAGGGAGACGGGGGUCAGUGUCCCCACCAGCCCCUGUCACGGGGCUCGGCUGUGUUCUCCAGCCUCUCCCGCAGCCCCUCAGCUCUGCCCACGCUUGGUCUUUGCCAGAUCCCAGCUGGGAGCUGCCAGAAGAGGAGCAGAAGCAGGAAGACACCCAUGUCCUGCACAACCCCAGAGCAAAGCUGUUUUGGGAAACUGUCCACCCCAAAGACUGUGAAGGCUCCACUGUCGAGCUCGCUGAGGCCAUGACAGAAGGACAAUCCUACGACGCGGAGGCUGGUGCUGCUCUGCUGGAUAUGCUUGUGGAAAGCGAGGUCUCCACUUUGAAGCAGGUGCCCAGGAUUGUGCGGUGCAUCCACCGGUGGUUCAUGACCAACACGGACGAGUCAGUUGAGCACAGCCUGGACAACACCCUUGUGGAGCUCACCGACGCGCACCCCCAUGAUGUGGUGGUGGCCCUGCUGCGCUGUGCCCCAUCGUGCGACCGAGCCGCUGCAGCCAUGUGGAGGAUGAUGGUCACCACCAGCAUGACCACAAAGAAGGUGUUCCGGGAGCUGCUCUGCGUGCUGGAGGACUGGCCGCUGCACAGCACGUCCACCUGUGACGGGGACCAACAGGACGUCCUUGCCCUGGCUGCAACCAGGGCUCUGUGGGAGAUACUUCAAAUGCCCAGGUGCCCAAGAGGGCUGAAGGUGUAUUUCCCUCGCCUCCUCCUGGCUCUGCUCUUCCAAGUUGUGUACAGCACAGAGCAGAUGCCAGACGAGGUGGAUACUUUCUGGAGGGAAUGCCAGGAGGAAGGCGGCCUUCCCACCAGCCCCAGCAGGUUUAUAGUGCUGACUGUGAAAGCACUGCUCUGCCGUCUGGGCUACAGGCUUGUAGCCUUUGAAGUGGAACGUAAGCGUGGCUGGGACACGCUCCUCCACGCUGAGACCCACCACUGCGCAAUGGGGCUGCUGGCCAGAGAGAUCCGUGUUGUCUCAAGACACCUCAAUGCCUCUGUGGCGUCCUACCUGGUCGAGCUGCUCAGCAGGAAUGAGCCCCGCUGUGAGCUCCCUGCCAUGGCGUUCCUUGUGGAGAUCCUGGCCUCCCCUGGCCCAAAUGUAAGAGCUGAGAGCUUCCUGCAGCUUGUCCCAAGAUACCUGCAGAGCAACUGCAGCAUGACGCGUUCCCUGCUGCUCAAAGGCCUCAACGUGAUCUGCGACACACCGUGGAUGGUCCCAAAAAUGCGGUUCCUGGUGCAAAGACUCACGGAUCUACUGCAAGACGCAGAUAUGGAUAUGGUCAGGAUGACCCUGUCUGUGCUCAGGAAGGUGGUCCGUGACCCGAGCGUCCCAAUUUCCACCCCCAUCGCUCUGCAGCUGGCUGAGAGGCUCCAGCCACUCUUUGACAACGAGUCCUGGUAUGUGCGACAGCUCUCCGUCAGCAUCUUUAAAAAGGUGAUAGAGCGUGUAGCAAAUGAUGGAAAAAAGCUGCUGAAGACGCUUGUGCACCAGAGCCUGCUCCCCCUGAUCUUCCACGUGUUUGAUGAGAACAAGGCCGUGGCAGCGACCUGUAGGGAUACCCUGCUGCAAGCUACCGCUUUCCUGAAGAAGGAGAAGCUCAGGCAGGUGGUGUUAAGGGAUCAGCAGACAGAGGCGAUCGGCGAGUGCCUGGUAAGGAUGGCCGUGAAGCCCCAGCCCCAGCCUGGUCAAGCCCCCCGAGCCCAGUGUGUGGGGCUGGCAGCUGUGCCCCUGCCCACUGCUGCAGCCCAUCGCCGCCAGCCUGCAGCCCACACACGCUCCCGUACCUCGGGUGUGCGGCCCCACGGGCUCUUCUCCAAGCUCCUCUCCCUGCCCGAGCCCAGGGCUGCUGACGGAGCCCCGGCCCAGCUGCGGGUUGGGGACAGGAUGGCACUGCAGCUCCUCGGGGAGCAGCCAGCCCUCUUGCUCCCUCCAGACCCGGCACCAGCCGGCUGCUGGCUGGGUGUUGUGGGUGUCCUGGCAGGGGAGGCCAGUCCUGGGCACAGGGACCACCCGGCCAGGGGCAGAGUCUGCACCAGCCCUUGUCUCCAUCCCCUGUCGCUCUCUCCAGCUGGUAGAGUGCCGCAGCAGAGCAGCAGAGUACCUGGGUCAGUCAUUGACGUACGUGCAGAGCCCACAGGACUCCAUACGAGAGGCAGCCAUCGCUUUCCUUGGGGUCCUUGGGCAGCACAUGAGGGCUCAGCCGGAGAAGUUCCAGCUCGUCUACGACGCCGUUCAACACGCAACAAAGGACAGCAGCCCCUACGUCCAACGCCAGGCACUUCACACUCUGCCCCUGCUCAGAGCUGCAGCGGCAAAUGGCUCCUCCAGAUCCAGGCUGCAGGAACUGCAGAGCCAACUCCGCCAGGCGUGGAGGAGGCGGCGGCCUUCUCUCUGGGGCAAUGGCUGGCUGUGCUGCUGGGGCUCCGCGCAGGACUGAUCCCAGCACCGCCAUGUGCUCUUCCCUGAAUAAACAGUUUAUUGAGUGUCUGAACCUGCAGAUCUCGAGUUACUGCUCUUCUGCCCUUCUGUCUCCAACCAGUGGGUCUUGCUUUGGCAUGGGAGAAGAAGAGAAAAAGGGUUCUUGUGCUCAGCAACAACAGUUGCCCAGGCAUGCAGCGUGGUAGGAAAAGUGACCAGAAAGCCCUUUGCCCCUUGCUUCAUCUGCUGAAGCCUCUAAUGCUUCCGACAAAGCCCUUGCGCAGAGCCCGGAGUUGUGGGGAUCCCUGAAAAACUCGUCCUGGGAGAUGUCCGCAAAUACUCUUCCAGCCGUGACCUGCCAUUUGCUUCUUGCUGACGGGAUAGUUGAGGGGUCCGAGUUGCCUCUUGAACCGGCUCCGGUUUCCUGUUUCCAGGCAAAAUGCUGCCAUUUGUGUCAAAAUCAGUGUUUAAAAUCUAUUUUGUUUUUCAAAGGGAGCUGUUACGGCAUUCUCUCCAGAAUUUGAAAUUUAGUUUUGAUGUCCUCUACCUCCUGUGCUCUACACAUUAUGUUUUGUCAAUCUACAGGUUUUUAUCCUUUGUUUCUGCACAAGUGUUUCUCCCAGCUCUAGGAAAUGUCCCGGUGCUCUUCCUGUGUUUUCCUUGUACUGUUUCCUAGAGUCUUUUUUUGAAGAGAUGUGUUUGAAACCCUGA